UGCGAAGAUGUAUAUCAACAACAAGUAUAUAAUAAUUUUGGCCUGCGAUUGAUUCUCUCUGUGUUUCACUAUUUGAACAAGUCUUCAAGAGAAAAAAAAAAAAAAAAAAGAGACAGUAAAUUUGCCAGCAUAUUCUCUCUCAUUUUGCUUUAUUUCAUUAUCACGCACAGGUACAUAAACCCUAAGCAGAAUAUCGACCCUAUCAAAGCCCAGCUCGCAAAGGCUGUGAUUAUACUCCGUACUUGGAUCAAUUUCAAAAACAAAUCGAGAAGACACCCUGAACAAAACCAAAAAAAAAAAAUGACACGCUUCCGGCCCUGCAUCGACCUGCAUGCAGGCCAAGUCAAGCAGAUCGUCGGUGGCACUCUGGACAGCACCACGUCAGAGCUGAGGACCAACUUCGUUUCUCCGCAUCCGCCCGCCCACUUUGCCCGCCUGUACCGCGACGCCAACCUCGUCGGCGCCCACGUCAUAAUGCUCGGUCCGGGCAACGACGUAGCUGCCAAGGAGUCCCUAGCCGCCUGGCCCGGCGGCCUGCAGGUCGGCGGCGGCAUCACGGACAAGAACGCCGCCGAGUGGAUCGCCAAUGGCGCUGACAAGGCCAUUAUAACCUCCUUCCUCUUCCCCGAAGGCCGCUUCAGCCAGUCGAGGUUAGACGCCGUGCUCGCGGCUCUGGGCAAUGACAAAUCCAAACUCGUCAUUGACCUGUCGUGCCGUCGACGUGACACGGGCCCUGAGCCAAAGUGGGUUGUCGCCAUGAACAAGUGGCAGACAUUGACCGACAUGGAAGUCAACCAAGACUCUAUUAAGAAGCUUGAACCAUACUGUUCCGAGUUUCUCAUUCACGCUGCCGAUAACGAGGGCCUUCAGGGCGGCAUAGACGAGGAUCUUGUUCGGAAUUUGGCCGAGUGGUGCUCCAUACCGGUGACGUACGCCGGGGGUGGCAGAAACCUCGAUGACCUCGAGGCAGUCAAGAGAUUGAGCAAUGGUAAAGUCGACCUGACCAUUGGUAGCGCCCUGGAUUGCUUCGGCGGGAGUGGCGUUAAGCUGGACGACUGUAUUGAAUGGAACAAACGACAGGAAUAGACUACGGGAGAUGCAAGUGGUUUGGUACCAAACAUUUCCAAUUCAGGCUACAGAAUCGGCAGAAAAAAACAUGAAAACAAAAAUAAAAAAUCAACUGCUGUAUGAAAGCAAACGAUCAUUAUCUUGGUACAAUUUCAUACAGGCUACAACGGCCGGCCCUCCAGGGGUCAAAAUGAAUCGAAGAACCGGUUUCGGAGCAGCCGCCGACUUUCCCG